GGUCUCCGUGACAACCCCGGCGGUGUUCCCCGACUUGCCGUGCAGCUACAGGCCCCGUACCUUCCUCCGCUCCUUCCGCCCGUCCUAUCCCGUCCCACGCCCGCCCUAUCCAAGUACCGGAUCCAGCCCGCGGCACGGGGAAACCACCAAACCGGGCGGGGAAAGAGACGAAAAGCAAGGCGACGAGCGCCAACCCUUUGCAUCACGCAGGCCACGCCACACGCACACGCGCGCCUGAUCCGUACGGGCGCCCGAGGUGGGGAUCCGGCAGCCGGCCAUGACGAGCGCCUCCGAGCUCUUCACCGCCCGCCGCGCCCGCGCGCCCCGCCUCUCCGACCCGGGGGACCCCGGCCCGGAUCCGCUCGCCGACGCGCCGCAGGACCCGCACGGCCUCGCCGCCCGCCGCCGCCGGCGGGGCUGCCGCGCGCGCCGCCAGCUCGACGCCGCCGGGGACGUGCGCCAGCACCUCCACACCGGCCCGCCGCCCCCGCGCCGACGCGGCUCCUACACGGACCGCAUCUUAUCAUACAUAGACAAUAGCAACAUUGGGGAUUCUGCAGCUACAAGGAACCGACUUGACAGGCUGAUGUUCAGAACAAAUGAGCGGCUUCCCGGUGCCGUACUGCAAGCUCAGGCACGUGUUCUAGAGAGAUUGAGAGGUGUUUCUAUCGGAUCAUCUACCUCCAGGCCAUCCAUCACAUUGGAUGAAUUUUCAGCUACGGAUGUGUUUAGAAUCAUCGACUUCGGAAGCAGAGAAACCCCAUACGAGGCAAAUUGGCCUAGCUCAUCAUCUGUUCAGCCAAGCAGCGUGUCGGAUGAAGAGAACUUGGAGAACACAUCCAUCAGUUCAACUACUUCCAACAGGUCACCUGGACUGAGCAAGUCCGCCUUUCUUCGGCUACAGAUAGAGAUCUUCGAGGCUAAGAAAGAUGACAACAGGGAGGCAUCGCCGGAAUGCUCGAUUUGUCUCGAUGGUUUCUAUGACGGAGACGAGCUGAUAAGGCUGCACUGCGGACACAGGUUCCACUCGACUUGCUUGGAGCCAUGGGUGCGGAAAUGCGCAGAUUGCCCAUACUGUCGAACAAACAUACGGUCCCGGCCCCGAUGACAAACCCUCGGUCCAGAACUGCAACAUUGAGUAGGGGGUAUGACCUUAUGACUUCCUAGUAAGAUGUGUUAUUGUAAUCCACUGUUUUGUGCAUAUCUGUUGCACCGGUCCUGCUACGGCAUCAUCUCUUAGAUUCAGUUUAUGUAUCUGAAUAUCUUUGUGUGGAUGAAGAGGCUGAUAGAAUAUACUGCAGCAAGCACUGUUUUAUGCAUA